AUGUGGGACAAAGCAAAUAUGGCUGCUAUGAUCUUUCUACUAGGAUGGUUACAUGUUUUCACUUGGGCAAAAGUAAAUAAUGCUGAGAUGACGUCAGUCGACAUUGAAGCAGAAACUAUUCUUGAACGAGCGGCCACAUGGCUGUGGAAUCAACGGGAUAAGGAUGCAAGUUGGGGUAAUGACACACAUCGAGUACUAUUGGUUCUUCGUCUAGCCAAUCUUUCCCGUGAUGAUAACGUUGCGCCUCCGGCGCCACUUGAAUUGCAACUCAUUGCUAAACAAAUGGAACUAGAAAUUGUGCUUUUGCUUUGGAGACAUCGGGAGGUUGGAUUUUCUCCGGGACAAUUAGCACGUUAUACUUUGGCUUUGAACGCAAUGUGCAUGGACCCGAGACAAUUCCAUGGUCACGAUUUAAUCGGUACAUUGCAACAUCAUGAACCGCCAACUGAUUACGAUUUUGCGUUGACUACGCUCGCAGCAUGCAGUGCGCAGGCACACGUACGCAAACGGCAAAUGCGUCGUCUCUUAGAUAUUGCGAAUGCCGCGCGAGACCAUAAUAUUGAUACUAUCGCAAUGUUGAUCUUGGCCCUGCGGUGUAUCGUCCAAGAUCAUCGACAUCGCAAUCUUCAUCACAUUGUUCGUAAACCAUCGAUAGAGCUAGCGCAACAGCAAAUGCACGACGGCAGUUUUGGUGAUCUGCGGAACACUGUGUUGGUGAUGCAAGCAUUAGAAGAAAUCGAAAAUGAACCAGCUGAUAACUGGAAUAGAUCCGCAGCUUUGGCUUGGCUGAUCAAUCAACAACGAUCAGAUGGUUCGUUUCAUGGCAAUAUCCACACCACUGCAGAGGCCAUGUUAGGUGUCGUGCCGCGUGGUCUGGCCAGCAUCCGUGCCCUUGACUGCGGACAGGGUUUAUUGGACAAUUCACCACCUCACCUGACUACGAACAAUAUUGUAGAUAUUGGAACACCGGACAAUCAUAGCGAAAUUCCUCUACCAUCAGAAACGUCAGGAAAUAAUGCAAGCAGUACAGACAUAACGCUUACCACCACGCCUCUGCCUGUAAACGUGUCCUAUACAUUGUGGGUCGGCAGCAAUGUAAACGAAACGUACAAUCUAAUUGUGACUGUGCCCAAAAACGAAACUUUCUACAGUGUGAUGCUGUUGGCAGCAAGCAUGUCUCCCCAUUUCCAAUUUACUGCUUCCGAGUGGCCUAACGGUCAUUACGUUCACACGCUGGCUGGCUACAAAGAGGAACCAAUGUCCUAUCAUUACUGGCUACUUUACAGAUUAUCCUCACCACCGGAACCAUCCUCACCGCCCGGAAAUCAAUUAGUUGCACCUGGAGGUGUAGAUAAUUUGCAGAUUAGCGAAGGAGAGCACUAUCUCUUCUGGUACAAGAAGCUAUGAAGUAUGAAUGAACGGCAAAAUCCCUUCAGCAUAAUGUUAGCAGAAUAUCAACAGACUGGCAGCAAAUUUAAUCAGUACAUGUCAACAGAAUGACAUGUCACACAUUCAGUUUAUAUUUUAUCGACAGAAUUUGCUUAUAUCAGGCAGCAGAUUAGCAGCAGAAAUUAAUAUAACCUGACGGCACAUUAAUGGCAAACAUUAAUCAAUCUCUGCGCACUGCUAUCUGAUAAUAGAUU